CUUUGAUUAGCCAUGCUGUACCUCGUUGGUCUUGGGCUUGGAGAAGUUACUGAUGUUACUGUGAGAGGCCUUGAGGUGAUCAAGAAGGCGAGUAGGGUCUAUUUGGAAGCAUACACGUCUAUACUGGCCGGAGUGAAUGUACAGGAACUGGAGAAGUUUUACGAGCGACCAGUCAUACCUGCAGACAGGGAGCUGGUAGAAGAACAUGCUGAUGAAAUACUCAAUGGAGCUGAUACUGCUGAUGUUGCUUUUUUAGUCGUUGGUGAUCCUUUGGGAGCAACGACUCACUCUGAUCUCAUUAUCAGAGCUAACGAGAGGGGCAUACCCUACAGACUGAUACACAAUGCUUCCAUUAUGAAUGCCAUUGGAGCCUCUGGUCUUCAGCUGUAUAAUUUCGGAGAAACAGUCUCGAUACCUUAUUGGACUGAUUCUUGGAGACCAGAUAGUUUUAUUGAUAAAAUAGAAGAGAAUCUGCUCCGUGGACUUCACACCCUCUGUCUCCUAGAUAUUAAAGUGAAGGAGCUAUCAAUAGAUGCACUAAUGAAAGGUAAACGUGAGUACGAGCCAGCAAGAUACAUGACUGUUGAUAUAGCAGCUGAUCAACUGCUAGCUGCCAUUGAAAAAAGAAAAGACAAUUUAAAAUGUCUAAAUGCAGACAGACUGUGUGUAGGUGUGGCUAGAGUUGGUUCGACCAAUCAGAUGAUAGCAGUUGAUACGUUGAGAUCCAUUAAUGGGUGGAGCUUAGGAGAACCACUACACUCACUAGUGAUAAUAGGAAGGACACACCCUCUGGAGGAUAAAAUGUUAAAAAUUGUAGCAAAUGCAACAAAAAAAUAAUAUUUUAAAUAAUAAUAUUAUUAAUAAAUAAUA